GAGCACACCUCCAUUUACCCUCACUCUCUAUCCGGCCAUAUAUUCCACCUACUUUCCCUCUCUUCUCCACUUCCUUUGCUCUUCACUUUCCUUCCUGUCGUCUCCAUCAUGCACUACGAAGGCAUACUGACUAUCCCCCAAGCGGACUCGCUUUUUACUCCUCCUUCUUCCUACUCUCCUCAGAAAACACUCUCGAGACUGGACCUUCGAUUGGACUCCCACUCUGACGACAAUCUAGACGCUGAUAUCUUCAACAUGGCCGGAACAGGCUCUCCGACACCCUACAUCAAAGAAGAAGUCGAUGACAUGCAGUUCAACCCCAACCGCUUCAUCGGCCACAGUGGCUUCGACAUGAAUCAGCCCUUCGGAAAUCAACAGUUCAGCUCUGCUCCAGAGAAUGCGGGUGGCAUCAAUCCGUCCGAUCUCACCAUGAGCGGUAGUCUCAGCAUGGGCAACCAGUUUGGUGGCUCGGCCAGCUACAUCCCAGGUGGUGCUGGGAUAGCGGACGACGAGCUUGCCGAUUCCCUCGGGAACUUUGACCAGCAACAAGGAUUCGAUGGCUUCGGACAAGACAACAUGAACCAGCAGGAGAACUUCUUUCAUGGAAAUGCCAACAGCGGGCACGUCGGUGGAAACCACCCUAGCAUGAACCAGAUUUACUCAAACACUCCUGACGACCUCCCCAUCCAGAGCCCCUUCGUCCAUCCCAAUGGGUUCGACUUCAACCAAUAUCAGAGCACCCCGCAGCGUAUGGGGUAUCCUGCUGGCAUGCAGACCGGUGCUAUGCGGCAACGAAUGCCGGCGACCAUGAGCAGGAAUGGUUCCGAUAACCGCAGCCCCAUGUCUCCCAAGACUCCUGCCAUUGGUGGGCUCCACCUCGGCACCCCUGACUCCGGGAACUUCGCUUCCCAGCCCAUCAUGACCAACAUGCACCGCCAUCAGAAGAGUGUCUCCGGCCAAUGGGACGGCACGCCCGGGAGUUCCCAUUCUUGGAUCGAUUCCCCUACGCAGUCCCCACAUACUGCGGCACUGCACCACCAACAAAUCUCCGAGGUUAUGCACUCGGCCAAGCAUGCCUCCCUCCCAACUAAGGUGGAUAUCGGCCAAACACAAGACGCGAAAAAGCGUCGUCGACGAGAAUCUCACAACCUUGUCGAACGCCGUCGUAGGGACAACAUUAACGAGCGAAUCCACGACCUGUCUCGACUUGUCCCACAACAUCGCCUUGAGGACGAAAAGAUCCGAAAGCACAUCAACAACAACGGCCCCCUAUCACCAACGAUUGGCGCGAGCGGUCUCUCGCCGCCGCAGGCAACGUCCCUCUUGGCCGGCGGUACCGGGCGCCGUGCUGCUGGUAACAUUACACAAGGGCUGCCAAUCGAAGAGAAGGACAAAGGACCCAACAAAGGUGAUAUCCUCAACGGCGCCGUCAGCUGGACCCGUGACCUCAUGUGGAUUUCGUACAAGAAGAUGCAGGAGGCUGAUGAGAUGGCUGCUCGGCUCCGACAACUUACCGGUGAGGAGUGGCAGACGGAGCAGACCGAGGAAGAACGCCGCAUGCGCUCAGAGCUUUUUGAAGCAGUGGAGAAGAACGGCUUUGGCAGCUUCAAGUACUCUCGCGGCCCAGGGUCGGGGCUGCGAGUGCCCAAGCACACGAACCUUGCCGGCGAAGCCCUGAACCAAAUUUCGCCACAAAGUCUAAGUCCAGACAUGCAGAGCACCGGCAGCGGUUCCAACACGAACAGCACCCAGCAAUACUGGUCGAACCAAAGCUUGAAAGAAGAGGACGAGUACACUGGAAUGGACAUGGGCUGA